GAGAGAACGAGAGAAGAAGAUCAAAAAGAGAGAAGAGCUACCAAGAUGCAAGCUGCCGGAGUUCCAAUCCCGUACCAGCUCCACCAAAGAAAUCUACCAGGAUUAAAAUCUCGGAGGAGCUUCGCGGGGAUUUGCUCCAGGAGGAUCAAUCGAGUGGCGACUCUAGCAGCGAAGCCAGACGACGAAGAUUAUGUCUCCUACGAGGGCGAGCAAUCCGUUUUCCCGGCCGAAGCGGGCGAAGAGGUCGGGACUUCGGUCGAAGGCUUUGGAAAAGAGGUGAAGCCCAAGCCAUCGCCACCGAAGGAAGUGAAAGCCGUGAAGCAGCCUGAUCGCGAUUACGUCGACUACAAAGAAAAAAAAACUGUGUUCCCGGGAGAGGCCUGCGAUGAACUUGGCGGAGAUUUCUGUGAGUCUGAGUACCAGGAAGGCGUCUUUCCAGAUAAGGUUGCUUCAAAGAAGUAGUGUACCUGUAACGAUGGUCUGCUGAUUACAAUUCAAAUCGACUUUCUUCA